GAAGCUGCCAACACAAAGAAGGCCUAUGUAAGACUGUAUCCAUCAUUGCCGAGUAUUUCAUGGCCACAACGACGAAGUAGCUAGCACAUAAUUUGCUAUAGCUCCAUUUCUAUCUCUUCUCGAGAGUGUACGUGUGUGAGAGAGAGAGAGAGGCUAAUAAUUAAGUAAGAGAGAGUGCCAUGAACUGCAUCAAGAUUGCCAUGGUGGUGACACUGAUCAUCGUCCCUCUCGCGCUGAGGGGAGCCUCGCUUCUCGGCAAUGCCGUCGCCGCCGCCGUCGUCCCGUCGUCGUCGCCGGAGCAGCAGCAGCAGCAGCAGCGGCGGCCGCGGCCGCCUCCCGGUUCCAAGAACGGCGCCUCGCCGUCGUCGUCGGCUCAUGGGCAGCACUGGAAGGAUCAGAGCCGCCACGCCGCCUUCACCCGACGGCGGUUCGGCACCGGCACCGGCGGCGGCGGCGACGAUGGCUUCUUCAGCGACGACAAGAGGUUCUCGCCGACUGGAUCAAAUCCGCUGCACAACUUGAGGUGACGACAAGGAACAGCAAGUGAACAAAACAGUUCCAUAUAUUGGAAUCCAAAGUACACAAGACCCCAUUUAAUUGGCUGAAUGCAUAUCCAGGUGACAAAAUGCAAAUGACAGCCAGAAAAGGCUGGUCUGCAUACUCUGCAGGUAAGUAAGCAGGAGAAAAGAUUGGCCUCCAAAGCUACAUCAAAAUGCAGCCAUGGAUGAAAUUUCUGGUCAAAAGAACAGAGAGGAAGCAUGCAACAAUCUGAUGGGUAUAGCAUGCAAUGCAAACUCAUGUACUUCUGCUGAAAAUGCUGCUCUGCCUAUGCCAUGUGAAAAUGUAUGGAUCUCUGUCAGGUACUGCUUUUGAGUUUUGAGCAGUCACGUUAUACUGACACGCAGAUGGUAGUAGAGCAAAAGACAAAGUUCUUGGUGUUUUUUUUUUUUUAAUCUCUGAUCAUGUUGAUAUUGUUGGCUAGCUAGGGGAACUUUUUUGUGUUAUCCUCUGAAUUCUUGUGGGGAAUUCAGUUAUUGUGCUUGAAAUUAUCUUUCA